CGCGACCUUUUACUUCGGGUGUCUUGUUCUUGAACGACAAUAACUUGAGCCCCACCACUCUCACGCUUCUGAAUCCUUUUUCAGGGCUUAUAUGCGACGUUUUCUUACCAAUCUGUCUCUCUAUAGCUGCCAAUUCACCCUCUUUCUCAACUUAUCGCGAAGUCUCUCUAUCUUUCAACUCAUGGUAUUCAGAUCCUCAACACCACGAGAUGAGAUGUGAGACACCCAUCAGGGCUGUUUCUGAUAUUUCAUGAGGCUUUUCAGCACUAAAUUCUACAUCUCAUAAGCUGCAAUCAUGGUGUUUCGGAUAACCACCUGGAAUGUCAAUGGCAUCCGAAAUCCUUUCGGUUAUCAACCUUGGAGAGAAAAGAGAACCUUCCAAGCUAUGUUCGAGAUUCUUGAAGCAGACAUUGUUGUUAUGCAAGAAACCAAGAUCCAGCGAAAGGACCUUCAAGAUGACAUGGUUCUCGUUCCCGGCUGGGAUGUCUUCUUCAGCUUGCCAAAGCACAAGAAAGGAUACUCUGGAGUCGCUAUCUACACACGUAACUCAAAAUGCGCGCCGAUACGAGCAGAAGAAGGCGUCACCGGCAUCUUGACACCUCCCAAGUCUACAACCAGAUACCGCGACCUCCCUGAAGACCAGCAGAUUGGCGGCUACCCCCGACCCGAUCAACUUGACGGCAUCACCGACGAAGCGACUCUUGACUCUGAAGGCCGCUGUGUCAUUCUCGAGUUCCCCGGCUUCGUGCUCUUUGGAGUCUACAGCCCCGCUACCCGUGAUGAGACUCGUGAUGACUUUCGCAUUGGUUUCUUCCAAGCACUGGAAGUGAGAAUACGCAACUUGGUCGCCGCAGGCAAGCAGGUCAUCCUCACGGGUGAUCUAAACGUCGUCCGUUCCGAGCUUGACUCAACCAAUGUUUCAGAGACACUACGCAAGGAAGGGAUUGAACUCAGCGACUGGAUGAACGCACCUGUGCGGCGCAUCUUCAACCAACUCAUAUUUGAGGGAAGUGUGAUAGGCGAGAGAGACGAAGGCCGUGAAAAGCCUGUUCUCUGGGACCUCUGUCGUUGCUUUCACCCGGAGCGAGUGGGGAUGAAUACAUGUUGGGAUACCAAGCGGAACACACGACCUGCAAACAACGGCAGCCGGAUUGACUACGUGUUGUGCAGCGAUGGCAUCAAGAGCUGGUUCAACUACUCCAAUAUUCAAGAGGGUCUGAUGGGAUCUGAUCAUUGCCCGGUCUUUGCGACCUUGUCGGACAAAGUGACAGUGGGCGACAAAGGGUGUGCGUUACUCGAGAUGAUGAACCCCCCGGGUAUGUUUAAGGGGGGCGAGCGUCUACGAGACUGGAGUCCAAAGGAUCAUCUUCCUUUGUCUGCAAAGCUUAUACCAGAUUUUGACCGCCGGCAGAGCAUCCGCGAUAUGUUCACAAAGAAAGCCGCCCCUCCACGAGAGUUGACAAACACAGACUUACCUGCAGAGCCCUUGAAGAACGGAAAUAGUAGCGCCUCAGGGUCACUCGACAAAGCAGACGAAGCUUCAGGGUCACAGACCAACAUCGCCUCCACACCGAGGCUGGGAGAGACUACCAACACAACCAAGCUUUCAGCAUCUCAGCCUAGCUCCAAAAGACCUGGAACGGCCGCUGACACGACGAGUCGACCGUUUAAGAAGACCAAGUCUUUGACAAGCGCCAACGACACCAAGAGCAAGGUGGCGCAGGGCCAACGAACAUUACAGGGAUUCUUCAAGCCAAAGGCUCCCGCGGCUCAAGAUGGUAAGGCAGAGCUAGUAGCGGCAAGUUCGACGCCAUCUACAACAAAGAAACCUACAGGAUCAGGAAAAGCGCCAGCAAGCGCGCAGAGACUAUCGAAUACCCCGCAAGCUACACUUUCAGAAAAGUCAUCACCAACAGUCCCUCUACGCGGCAAGGAUCCCGACCCCUCCGACAGGGUGUUUGACCCGAUCGAAGCCAAGGAGUCGUGGUCUAAGCUGCUGGGCAAGAGGGUUGCACCAAGAUGUGAACACGACGAACCCUGCAUCAGCUUCACCACCAAGAAGCCCGGAGUCAACUGUGGUCGAAUGUUCUACAUCUGUCCGCGACCGCUAGGACCAUCAGGUGAGAAGGAGAAGAACUCGGAGUGGCGCUGCAGUACAUUCAUAUGGAGCAGUGAUUGGACUGGCUCAUGAUGGGAACUCGGGGAGCUGGGAGUGCAGGAGCCUGGUUGGGAAUUUUGUACAUACACUACGUUAAGAGCUGUACGGUAGAGAACUGAUAUGUGUUAAGAUUAAUAGUACCAAGUAGUCAUGUCACCGAUAGCAUCGUAAGCACAAUAAAGUUGAGUCUUUAGUCUCUAUUGUAUUUCCU